GACAAAAUAACCGUCAAUUUAUACAAUUUCAAAUUUCGAAAUGGACCGCCAUUUUAAUUUUAACGACUCCGAACAGCCGUUCCUUUUUUUAAAAUAAAAUGGAAUUCAAAUUCAAAUCUGUGCUGCCAGUUACUGUAAAAUAAAGUGUGUACUAUUUUCAAAUAAAAAUGAUUCGUUUAUUAGUGUUGUUGCUGCAAAUGACUCUAGUUUUGUCGGCGAGGGAGCCUAAGCAAAUUACUUUAGCAAAUCAAGGGACGAUAUCGGGAAUGUAUAUCACGAGAUUCCGGACGAAAAGAAUAGCGGCGUACGUUGGAAUACCUUACGCGCAGCCCCCAAUUGAGUUCAGAAGGUUUUUGCCCCCUGAAUAUACUUCUCUGCCUCAGUGGGAAGGUGUGAGGAAUGCUACCAUAUUUGCACCGGACUGUAUGCAAAGUGACCCUAAGAAGGAAGAUGUGCAAUACCCUUUGAAGAAACAUGAUGAUUUGUUCAUGAAGCUUCUGGAAUCUCAAAUGGAGGAUAAGAGGAAGAAGGAAUACUCUGAGGAUUGUCUGUUUCUGAACGUGUAUGUGCCUGACGAUUUCAAAGUGGAAGACUAUCCAGUCAUCGUUUGGUUCCACGGCGGAGACUUCGUGCGCGGCAGCCCCAACAGUGUCAAUCCCUUCCAAAUGGUGCUAAAACAAAGGGUCAUAUUCGUGUCAGUGGCAUACCGGCUGAACAUAUUCGGAUUCUUCUCAACCCUUGAUAACGAGGCUUCGGGCAACUUCGGUCUUCUCGACCAGGUAGCAUCACUGACAUGGGUCAAGAACAACAUAGAAAAUUUCGGAGGAGAUCCCGAAAACGUCUGCAUCAUGGGUCAUGACGCUGGAGCUGUGAGCGUCACCCUCCAUUUAAUAUCUUCGUACUCUGCCGGACUCUUCCAAAAGGCUAUUGCAAUGAGUGGAAACGCAUUAUCAUCAGACUCCGUCAACAUAGCAAGGAAAGAAAAAGUGACAGUCGACAAAGUAGCAGUCGCAUUCAGUUGUUUCCGAAAUCCAACUUACCAAUUACUGGAUUGUUUAAGAAGAGUUCCCGAUCAAGCGCUGCUAGAUAUCGCAGGGCCACUGGCUGAAUGGAAACCUAUUGUAGAUGGCGGUUUCAGUAACAUAACCAGUCCUUUCCUACCAGAAAUGCCAGCGGUUUCGUUCAAAGAAGAGGUCUUUUCACCAGUGCCACUCUUAGCAGGCUACACGAAUAUGGAAGAUGGGCUGUUAUUAGAAAAAGAUGAAAAUGGAGAUUCUGGUAUCAGUCAAAGAGAAUUCGAUUCUAUGAGAGAAGAAAUUAUCCUUUCUGACAUCACUAUAGACAACAGUUCGUGUUUCACCAAUCAGCAUCACAUACAAGACGCAGUAGCGUUCUUUUAUAAGCCCAUACCACAUACUACAAAUGAGACGGUUUUAAGAAAGCUUUUUGUGGACUUUUACACGGAUAAAACUCACGGCGCCACGACGUAUCAGCUAGCAAGACAUAUUUGCCCGCACGCGCCCGUUUUUCUUUACCGAUUCGAUCUCAAACCCUUUUCGGACAUAGCUAAUGAAGGUCUGCCAGAUUGGAUCGGCGUUCCGCACAAUUUCGAUUUGAUUUACACUUUUGGGAUGCCCUAUUUAGCACUACCUGAGGAUCUUAGUAAAUGGGACUAUCGAGACAAAAGCAUCUCGGAAAUCAUAAUGCGAAUGUGGUCCAAUUUCGCUUGGUACUCAAACCCCACUAAUUCAGGGGUAAUUAUAGAUUGGCAAUCUUAUGAAUUAGAACGGCCAGGUUAUUUGAUCAUUGACAGAGCAAAUUUUACGAUGAGCACCCCGGCAACGGUUAAUUACAAAGCUUUUGAGUUUUGGACGGACUUUUACCCAAAAGUUGUUGAAAUUGGGACAAAGUGUUGCAAGGAAAUAUCGGAUGAUUCAGGCGCGACCGUGGUGUUGAUGACGUCAGCAAUCGUGGCGGGUCAACGACCUUUCUUCGCGGGCUCCAAACCCAUUGGAUUCCCUGAGACUCCUAACAGGACUACUACGACACCUGAUCCUCUUGAUAAUCGUUUCGGCGAAGGCACAACCCAAAGACUGCCUAUAGAAGCAAAUGGCGACCGCGACCUCAUUGACAGACUGAGCAAACUACCCAUAGACAAGCAGCCCUUCUGGUUCAUCAACUGGCAAGCCUUAGAAGCCAAUAGGAAGGACCCUCAAACCUACCCACAGAGACCUAGUGUUUUUGUGGACCCCGUACCUUCAAGCGGCAACGGUCUUGGUGAUCGAUUCUCUGACACAGGACUCACUUCUAAUGUUAAUCCACCAGUUUCCAGUCAAUCUAAUAACAAUGGGAAUUCAAAUUCCAAUGUCGGGUUUGGCAGUGGACAGUUUAGUCAAGCGUCAGCGAGUGCAUCCAGUCAAUCCAGUAAUAAUUUCAAUUCUAACCCUGGAUUUGGUGGCUUUGGGCAAAUUGCCCCAGCGGCACCAAGUAUCCCCAAUCAACCAAGUUUUAAUCCCAAUUUCGGUUCAAAUGACAAGAACAACCAAGUUGCACAAACUACGGUUGUUUCACCAACUCUAGCCAGUUCUUACAAUCCCAAUUUUGAUUCAAAUCAUGGUUUCUAUGAUAUUAGUGGUCAGUAUAUUCAAACGCCACCCAUUGUGCCAUAUCAACCCAGUAACAAUUUCAAUUCCAAUGCUGGGUCGGGGAACAAAAAUGGUCAGUUAGUGCAAACAACACAAAGAUACCCGUGGAAUGCUUUCACGUCAACAAACUCACAGUUUAACAGAUAUCCCGAAUAUAAUACUCAAAGGGCCAACACUAAGAACACUGGCCACUAAUAAUUGUAUAAGUAAUUAUUUAUUGAACAAAAACAAGCAUUUAAUUUAAUAAAACAUGUUUAUUGACUUUUUUAAAUAAAUAAAACUUAAUUACUAAGCGUAACCUUAUUACUAAAACCUCAUAAGAUUGAAUAUAAAUAAAAAUAGUAAAAUGCAA